ACGCGAGGUAUGGUCCUGACCAAAAAAAGUCUAUGCACAUCGGUGAUAUUACACAUGAUCAAAGUUCGGAUCUGAAUAUCAGUGGCUCGACGUUCUUCCUAAGGCUGCAGAAAGCAGAACCGUGUGGAGAAGACAGCGCACCUGGUCAUAGGAUAUAAAUAUCGAAGCUCCUCAGUUCUGAUCUAAAUUGCCGUGACUAAAAUAUCGAUCUAAAUACCGGAGAUCCGCUAUGUAUUGUUUGAACAUCGAGGCUCUUUUCAGAAAAACAAAGCUGAUCGCUUAGAAAUACGAAGAUCCGACUUUAUGAUCUGCCUUCAAAAAGUACCGGCGCAAUCGUGCAGAUUCCGCUAAAACUCAAAAAUCUAAAUUGUCUGCGAUCUGCUCCAUACUAAGAGUCAACCUUCUCCCCUGUCAUCGCUUUAAAAAACACACUUGUGAUCCACAACAACCUCCAGGGAAUCUUCUUUUCGGAAGAUCGGUAUCAGUAGAGAACAGUAGAUUCAUCGAAAAUGGGCGCCUACAAGUACUUGGAAGAGCUGUGGAAGAAGAAGCAGUCCGAUGUGGCUCGCUUCCUCGGCCGUAUCCGCACCUGGGAGUUCCGUCAGUUGCCGGCGGUCCACCGUGCGUCCCGCCCGACCCGCCCGGACAAGGCGCGCCGCUUGGGAUACAAGGCCAAGCAGGGCUUCUGCAUCUACCGCGUCCGCAUCAAGCGUGGCGGCCGCAAGCGCAAGGUAUAAGCUCAGAUUUAGAAUUUUGUUUCAGCUUGUCAGGACCAGGAGCCUUCAUUCUGUAAACAAUUUUGUCUUUCGUUGGACUGGCGUUUUGACACGACGCUACUGUCAAGUGUGCAAUCUUUUAAAACGUCACAACUCUUCAGGUCUCCAAGGGCAUCUGCUACGGAAAGCCGUCCACUUCCGGCGUUAACAAGAUCAAGGCCCACCGUAACCUGAAGUCCGUCGCUGAAGAGCGUGUCGGACGCAAGUUGGGGUCUCUGCGUGUGUUGAACAGCUACUGGGUGUGCCACGACGCCAUGCACAAAUGGUACUGCACACCGCUCUUGUCUACUUUGAAAGAUAGAAAUUUGACAACGUUUUCUAGGUUCUCGUGUUUAAUAUUUUUGGUCUCGGUCCAGUAGAAAUGCCUACAUGAAAUUGCGCAUUUAUGCUUAUGGACAUAUAGUCAGGCAGCGUGUAGUCCCACAACAUCGAGGAGAGAUGUUAAAACUCACAAUACCGAAUCUUUUUUUCCAAUUUUGAAACAGGUACGAGUGCGUGAUGGUUGACCCCAUGCACAAGGUCAUCCGCAACGACCCGCGCAUCAACUGGAUCUGCAACCCGACCCACAAGCACCGCGAGAUGCGCGGACUCACCUCCGCGGGCCGCAAGUCCCGUGCCAUGCACCGCAAGGGAAAGGCCGCCCUCAAGUCCCGUCCGUCCAUGCGGGCCUCCUGGAAGCGCCGCCAGAUGCUCCAGCUCCGCCGUUACCGUUAAGCAGUUUUACUUCUGCUGGUGGUUUCUACGUGACGCUGUUCUUUCUACCUGGUUGGUGUGCACAAUCAGUGAUGGGAAAAAUCGCUCGAGCGCUACUUGUGAUGAUGUAGAUUAGAACACACAUCUUCGAACAAUCUCUACUAAAAUCGAUUGAUCACUCUGCAUGGCUGUUUUGUGCACCACAGUUUUCACAGAGAACACGCCGCGUGAACAUGUAGAAUGCCUCGAUGAAACGGAAUCUACUACUGUACCAUACUACCGAUCCGAGAAACAAGAGCUA